AUGUUGCAUCAACGUCAAGAUGAGCCACCAGUCUCCGACGCGUCCACCGCUGCCCAAACACGUCCCGGUGUUCUUACGCCAACGCCCGAUAGUUCUGCCAACGUUUUGAGUGAUGGCACAUCUUCAAUCUCUGGCGCCAGAAAGCGGAAACGCGAGAGCAAUGGCAGUAGCAAUGGCAGCACAAUGGAGGAUUUGUUGAAGGAUAGCUUUGUUGUGAAGCCUUACCCCUCUACUGUCUUUGUGAAGCCUCGAACUCUCCAUCCGCUUAUUCUACUGCCCCGAUCCCGCCUUCCACUGGCAUUUCUCGAUUUCGCGACGUCAACAAAUUAUUUACCCCAGUCAAGGCUUUUCGAGACUCAUGUUAAGAUAUUGGAAUUGGAGGAGCGUAUGGGAAGCCAGCCAAUGGUACUGAUAGCGAGACUUGAUGAUGGACGGACCCUAUAUGCUGUUGAACGGGAGGAUCGCGGUCUGUAUGUGCUAUGUCGACUUGGAACUUGGGUAAAUUCGCAGCAGCUACGAGAGGCUGCGGUCGUCUCAAAACAAGAAGCGCCCAAGGAGUCGGGACGAUGCUCCGGAUCAGUUUCGUUCCAGAAAGAGGCUGCCACGGUGCCCCUCGUCACGCCCGAAACUAAUAAGUAUAACAAGAAAAAGAGACUUGCGAUUGAGGAGCUCCAGUCUAUGGUGAAGCGGCCCUCAUUGGACAACAUAGCAAAGUCUCAGCCGGGCAUAGAGCUGCCGCCAUCCCAGGAAUAUUUGCAACUGGAGGCACCAUUGGCAGCACCUCCUGCCGCGGGUGAUGCUCCAUCACAACCUACGGCUGCAGAGAUCUUCGAGAAUAUUCGGGCACAAUACUCCGAUGCGCUGUAUCUUUCCAAGGCUUCCCUGGCCUAUUUUACAAAAGGGCCACUGUCCCGAGCACGUGCCGCGUUCCAUCUUGACUACGAUUCAACACUCGAUAUGAAUGAUCUCGUGUCAUUCCUAGAGAGCCUUAUCCUAUCCACAACAUUGCUUGAUAAGAAGUAUCGCGAGGGAGUGCCAGAAUGUGUUUCUAUGAUAGACAUCCAUGACCACAGUGCAGACGAGGCCAACGACCUAUCAAAGCCCAAAAAGCGCAAGAGUAAUAAGAAGAUGAAGCCUGGCAAGAACGGACUCUAUCCGUCGGAAAGUAUGUUCAUCAGGCGCUGGUGGUCAAGCCACGAUGAUGAUGCGGAAUCGGGAGGGCCUGGCUCCUCUAAAGACGAGCUAAUGAAGAAUCGGAUAGCUCAGUUGCGAACUAGGGAGACUCAGCUUCAGAUGGUUCUCAUUCUCGAGGUACUCGCUCUUCAACCUCUGGCAUCCCGGCCGGAGGAUGUCGAAGAGGGUCUGCCGUUAGCUAUUCCGGAGAGCAAGACAGCGCAAGGGAAAGAGAAGCAGGCAAAGUCGAAGAAGCCUAGCCAGCUGACAAUGCUCAUUGAUGUGCACAUCGACCGGUUGUGCAUUUGGCAAUCCAUUCAACUCGAGGCUGUAAAGCCAAGCCUAGGAGAUAGCCGGAGCUUUACCCAAGAGCUUGGUAGCUCGGCACAUGAGCCAAAACAUACGGACAAUAUCUUGAGGGACUUCUGUGUCGAAGUGAUUGGCCCAUUUUUCUCGGCUCGUCUUCCUGACCGCUGUGCUGCCAUCCACCGCAAGUUAGGAGGGCCAGUGGCCGCAUCGCCUCCAAGGCCAAGGCUAUCCAAAUCAGCUAGCUUCUCUGGCGCCCCGUCCCGACCUGGCGCUGCCACCAAACGGCCCGUCCCGACAAAGCCUCGCCGGAGUUUGCAACGUGUAUUAACUGAUGACCGAGAGCGCCGUAGCAUAUCUCGGGGUCCUGAGCGAGCAAUAUCAUUGAUGAGGUCGGCGACUAUGCCAUCUGUCCCAGGCCUCAAGCGCGAGGGCAGUGAGGCGCCAUCGUUAUCAGGAAUUCCCCUUGCCACAUCUCAACAGUUAGAAGCCAACAGACCAGGAAUUCUUAAAUCCAAACAUCUUGCUCGGAGAGAGGUGGACUUGAGUAGCCUCGCCCCUGACUUAAACGCCAAAGCCAGAAAGCAAGCCAGGAUAGAGGCAGAACUAAAGGAUGCCAUCUCGGCACUCAAGAAGCCUAAUCGUGAGCUGGCCGGGAAAACUUUGGCCGAGAACGUUGAGAGGCGGUCGGCCACGGCGUCCCACUCCCGAAAAUCCAAAAAGCCAAUAAGGAAUCCGCUUUUCCAGGGGGUGCAGAUUUCAGCGACACCGAAAGUCAACCGUGUAAAGGAUAUGCUCUCCAAAUCCCAGGGUGAUCCUUUCUCUCAAAGGCCGGAUGAAUUAGAACUAGAUGCUAUUCCUGCGUCGAGUAUUCCAAAGAUCCCCCAAUCAGUUUCGCGAGACGACUUGCCUAGGAACGCCCUAUUUCACUCGGUCCAGGCAACCCCGACCCGUAAUUCAUCGAGCAGGGCUGGGCACUUUCUGGAUAUUAAUUCAGCUGAGCAAAUCAGCUUUCCCCCAUCUUCGCCUUUACAUGUACGUCGCUCGAGCGGCCAGCUAUUCGCAGCUAUCCCCGACUCGGUUGUAAAAUCGCCUACUACUACAACUCAGGCCUUCUUCUCCCACGAAGUCCAAGAAACUCCUGUGAAGAAACGGCCAAGUUCUAAAGGAGACCACGGCCAUUUCCAGCCCGCUUUUGAUUGCGACAAGGAAAACGUCCGAAAGAUUGAGAGUGCCGCACAAAAAACAGGCCUAGGGCAAACUAAUGAUACACGACAGGAGGAGUCUAUAUAUAAGUCGCUAGGAUGGGAUGACCCCGAUGAUAUCGAUGACUUGGCAUGA